AGACAUGCUUCCUCUAGUACAGAGAGAGCAGAACCAUCUACCUUCCAGGGAAGGCAGGGAGGAGUUGGAGCCAUAAAAUCCAUAGUCUGCUAUGCAGUAUUUAGCAUACGGAUCAGUCACACUUUCCAAUGAACUGGUCAGGGUGUUUGAAACCAUGAUUAUUUCGGUAUGCCGCUAUCCAGCAAAACUUGUGCGAAGAGAUCGUGGGGACUUACUGUUCUGAGCUUAGUUGAAAAUUUCUGUCUCUGAAAGCCUGGCAUAAAGAUCUCCGGACAGCUAUCUGAUCACAGAACAGGAUUUAUACCUAACUGCAGUGACACAGCAAUGAUUUCUUCUUCUGUGCUGCUGGAUGGAGGAGAUGAAGUGGAGUGCAGUAUUUUAAGGUUUCCAGAUCUGGACUUGAAAGAUCCUCUUCCUUUGACAGCCAAAAGCAAUCUCAAAGCAGAAUCAGAUACCAGUGAGAGAAAGAAGUAUGCAUUUGCAAAGAAGAAGGCAUUUGCCCUCUUUGUCAAAGCAAAGGAAGUGCCGGCCACAGCUUGCUGCCCUCCAGCCGUGUGCAGAGCGGGACUGGGGUGGAAAUGCUGCAGACAAACCUUUAAAGACCUCACCGGCAUUCACAUACAUGUCGCCACGCAGCAUUCCAGCGACAUCCAGCAGCAGACAGGUUUGAUUCUAAAGCAGUUGGCUGCUGAAGCCUGCACUUCAAGUAACCCAGCCUCUGCAGACGAGACAGGUAGCCUCAGCAGUCCCACCUGCAACAUCCAGGAGCUCUCUUACAGGCUCCCAGACACAAACCACAUUAGUUUUGAUGAACUGACAAGUGGAGUGGGAGAAGUGCUGUUAUAUUACUGUUACCAUGAGGUGAAAGACCCCCUGAGGCUCUGUGCUUGGCAGAAGUCUCUGUGCCAGCACCUUCAUCUCACUGGCAAGGUGCGCAUUGCUUCAGAAGGCAUUAAUGGGACAGUUGGUGGAAGCAAAGUAGCUACCAGUCUUUAUAUACAGGCAAUGCUUUCCCACCCUCUGUUCAAAACCAUUUUGUGCAGAGAGGAUUUCAAGAGCAGUGCUGGAGGAGCUCACUGUUUCCCAGACCUUCGAGUUGGCGUAUUUGAAGAGAUCGUACCCUUGGGCAUCAAUCCAAACAAAGUCUCCUACAAAGAAACCGGAAUCCAUUUAUCCCCUGAGGAAUUUCAUAAAGAAGUAGAAAAAUAUUUAUCUCAGGCUCCUCAAGCACAAAGUGACACCAUUUUACUGGACUGCAGGAACUUUUAUGAAAGUAAAAUAGGUCAUUUCCAGGGCUGCCUGGCGCCCGACAUCAGGAAGUUCAGCUACUUCCCUAGCUACGUAGAUGAAAAUCUCGAGCUUUUUAAAAACAAGCGCGUGUUGAUGUACUGUACAGGAGGGAUCCGCUGUGAGCGUGGCUCUGCCUACCUCAGGACCAAGGCUGCAUGCAGGGAGGUUUACCAGCUCAAAGGUGGCAUCCACAAGUACCUGGAAGAGUUUCCUGAUGGGUUCUAUCGGGGGAAGCUGUUUGUGUUUGACCAGCGUUACACCAUCUCUUCCAAUGAAGAUAUUAUUGCAGAAUGCAGGUACUGCGGGACACUAUGGGAUCAGUACAGAGUGUGCUCCAGCCAGCACUGCCGGCAGCUCGUCCUGACCUGCCCAAGCUGCCACGCGAAGGGAUUCACGGCUUGCUGUCCCACUUGUCAGGAGAAAGGGCUCAAGCUGGCUUCAAACCCUUCUGGAUGGAUGGUCAAGGAGGAAUGUGAAUGCACAGACAGACGGCAGCGGGUCCCAGUCAAACACAUGUAAGAGAAGCACAGGAAAAUGUUAGACAU